AAGUUGCUGUCAAAAAUUUGUGUAUAACACCACGGCACGAGAGUUGUUGAGUUGAAUUAUAAAUACUAUUAAAAAAUUGAUUUGAGGUUGAUUAAAACUAUAAAGGUAUAAUUUGAAAAGAAUAUAAAAUGGAUUCACAAGGAGGACACGUAAUGACAAUAGCAAAUAGUAUUAUUGGAGUUAGCAUAUUAGCAAUGCCAUACUGUUUCAAACAGUGUGGAUUGAUUUUAUCCAGUCUAAUGUUAAUUGUGAGCAGUAUUAUUUCCAGACUUUCUUGUUAUUUUCUUUUAAAAUCGUCAGUUAUUGCAAAACAUAAAUCAAUUGAAUCUUUAGCAUUCUUUACAUUUGGUUCAUUUGGGAAACUAACUAUUGAGUUAGGAAUUAUAGGUUUUUUAUUAGGUACCUGCAUAGCCUUUUUUGUUGUUAUGGGCGAUUUGGGACCACAAAUUGUUGCCGAUAUGGCCGAUAUUCCAGUGACAGAUACACUUCGAACUACUGUAUUAAUAUUUUUGGCUGUAUUUUGUGUCUUACCACUGGGCUUGUUAAGGCAAGUGGAUAGUUUAACAGUUGUGUGUACAGCAGCUAUUGGAUUUUAUAUGUGUUUAGUAUUAAAGAUUAUGGCUGAAUCAGCACCACAUCUUAUGUAUGGUGAUUGGUACAACCAUGUAUAUUUUUGGAGAACUGAAGGUAUUUUACAAUGUUUACCUAUAUUUUCUAUGGCUUUAUUUUGUCAAACGCAACUAUUUGAAAUAUACCAAGCAAUUCCUAAUGCAAAUUUGGAUCGAAUGAACAAUAUGAUACGUAUGGCAGUAAAUAUUUGUACCUGUGUUUACAUAUUUGUCGGCACCUUUGGCUAUAUAGCCGUUUGUGAUCAACCUUUUACCGGAAAUAUACUCUUAAGUUUUAAAUCAUCAGUAAUAACAGAGAUAAUAAAGAUUGGUUUCGUAUUAUCUGUUGCUGUCAGCUUUCCAUUGAUAAUAUUUCCUUGUAGAGCAAGUUUAUUUUCAAUGACAUACGCUCAGGCGUACAAAUCAUUAGAGUAUGGAAGAUCUUAUAUUCCUGAUUCGAAUUUUCGUUUUUUAACAGUCGCAAUUAUUUCAAUUUCAUUGUUAAUUGGAAUAUUAAUUCCAAACAUUGAGCUGGUACUCGGAUUAAUUGGAUCCACAAUAGGAAUUUUAAUUUGUGUUCUGUUCCCAGCGACUUCUUUUAUUUGUUUAUCAAAGAAGAAUACUAAUGAACGAAUUUUAGCUCAGGUGAUGAUAUUUAUUGGAGUAUUAGUCAUGGUUUUAGGCACUUAUGCGAAUUUAAGCGUUGAAGUUGAAGCUCCUAAUAAAAUAAUUGUUGAUAAAAUCGAAGUUGUUGAUCCCAUUAAAGAUCUGGAUAACGUAGCAAUUGUGGAUAUACCAACUACAAUUAAUAUUGUUGAUCUUCCGAAUGUUAACAGUAAAAAGGAUGAUCUCAUUGUACAACCAGAAAUAUCAAACGAAGUUAUUCAUGAAGUACGUCAUGAGCCUCCUCAACCGGUUGAACCAGAAGCUGAACCACAAAAGGAACCAAAUAUACAAAUACCAAAAGAAGUUGUUGAAGAACCGAAAAUUCAAAAUAAACCAGAUAAAACAAAAGAAAUAAUUUCAAAAGAAAUUAUUUUGGAUAUCCCAAAACCAGAUAAUGUUCCCAACCUUGAUAACAAAUUAAAAGAGAAUCCACCUAAGGAUAAUUCAGAAUUGGAUAUUGAAGCUAUUAAAAAAGAAGAAAAAGAAAUAAAAUCACAACAAGAAGAGGCGAAAAUUAAUGAACAAAAACCUGAAGGAAAACAAUUAGAAGAUGUGAAGGUUGAGAAGAGAGAAGACAAAAAGCUUGCAGAGCAAGAAGUUAAGUUGGAUCAAUUGCACAAGCAACAGCUUGAAUUAUUUGCACAACAACAGCAACUUUGGGCAGAAAUUAGCCAAUCUAAAGCUGAAAAAGAUAUGAUUAAGGAGAUAGAAGAACAGAAAAAGAAAAGUAUCAAAGAAAUUAAACAAUUUGCUCAAAGCGUAAUGGGUCAUAUGGCAUCAGAUUUAGAUAAAACAACUGAAAAAAAUAUUUUAAAAGAAUUGGUGGAACCUAAAAAAAAUAAAAAUGAAGAAAUAAAUAAAGAAGUUGAUAUUGAAAUAAAGCCACAAAGUGUGAAACAGCCUAAAAAAAGUGUAUAUGCAAUGAAUAGCAAUGAAAGUAGGAGUAAUAAUUUGGGAGUACCUGAAAAUUUUGUUCCUAUACCAAUUGCUAAAUCGAAUUUAUCUAUGUAUAAUCCAGAUAUUAACAAAACUAAUUUAAAUCAAACAAAAUUACAAGAGAAAGAAACAAUUACUACAUUAAAAGUGGAUACAGCCUCAAUCAAGAAUAAAAUAGUUUUAGAAACUCCAGUGAAUGAAAAAAAUAAUUCUAUUGAACAAGAUAUGAAAAAAGAUAUCAAAAUAGAACAAACAACAUCCAAAGAAAAAUUAGAAAAUAACUCUGAGAAAGAAGAAGACCCAAAAUUGGUUUUAGAAUCGGUUAGGAGAGAUAUUUUAUCGAUUAAUUCUUCACGAAACAAACGCCAGGUGGACAGUUUGGAAGAAAACGAUUUUUCAAAUGAACAAGAAAUUGAUGAAGUAUCCAAAAAUUGUAAUAAAACUCCAAAACCACUUGAAUCAAAUCCAGCAAUUCCAAAAGAAAAUUUUUUAAAACUUAAAACAGAUAAUCUCAAUUAUGAUGAAUUGAAAGAAAAUGUACCAAAGGAUGAUUCAGAAUUAGAUAUUGAAACUAGUACAAAAAAAGAAAUUAAAUUACCACAAGAAAAACUAAAAAUUGACGAACUAAACCUGAAAGAAAGACGAUUGGAAAAGGAUAACUUUGAGAAAAGGGAUGAUAAGAAACACCCUAGUGAGUUUUUUACAAGGCAAGAACAACUUCGAGCAGAGGUUAAUAAAAAAGACGUGUUAAAACAGAUAAAGGAGCACGAAAAGAAAAGUAUUAACGAAAUUAAACAAUUUGAUCAAAGUGAUAUACCAACAACGUGAAAUACUUAUUUGGAUGUGUUUACUUAAAACAAGGACUGAAGAAAAAACCCUUCAAAAGACUGUGAUGAUGAAUAAAUAGAGUAUUUGUACAAAUUUUAUUUAUUGCAGCACUAAUUUGCAUAAUCUCUUCUUUUCUUUUCUUUUUCAAUAACAUUAACAUUAAUUGACCACUGCACUAAAUUCUUUUUUCCAAUUUCUUAUUAGUCUUAAAUAUCUAAUGUAAUGUAAGUUUAUGUUAGACUGUCUGUAUGAUAUAAAUUAUUAUUAAUGCAUAUUUUUAAUUAUGUAAGAUAUAUAAAAUAAAAUA